AUGACUGCAAAGACCAUCACCAACGUGAUCGGCUCGUCCAUCCCCACCCCGGCCUCCACAUUCGACGUCGUGCACCCAGGCACAGGCAAGGUCGUGCACGCCGUACAGCGCUCGACUGCGGCCGACAUUGCUGCUGCUGUGGAUGCGGCACACGGCGCCUUGCCGGGAUGGCGCUCGACUCUGCUGAGUGAGCGCAAGGCCAUCCUCUCGCGUGCCUCGGCAUUACUCAAGGACGAGGGGAGCGGGUGGGCGAAGCGGCUCGUCGAGGCCAACGUAGCCGAGACUAGUUGCGGGGCCUGGUGGGCUGGCGAACAAGUCGGUGCAGUCCCACACUUUAUCGAUGCGCUGGUGGGCGCAGCCGACGAAGCGCUCAAGGAAGAGAUGGUCGAGUUUCACGGAUCAACGUACAAGCUAGGUCGGGAGCCGUAUGGCGUCUGCCUCGCCAUCGCGGCGUGGAAUGCUGUGACUCUCCUCACGGCGCGUGCAAUCAUCACCCCCCUCCUGGCCGGCAACACGGUUGUGCUGAAAAGUAGCGAGCAGGUUCCCGGUUCUCAAGCAUUGUGGGUCGAGCUGCUGCGAGAGUCUGGUCUGCCCGUCGGCGCACUCAACAUCGUCCACGUCGCAACAGAGGACGCAGCUACCCUCACUCCCGACCUCGUUGCGGACAGGAGGGUUCGACACGUCAACUUUACGGGCUCGACUCGCGUGGGGUCUAUCAUCGCCAGCCUUGCUGGCAAGAACCUCAAGCCCACGCUUAUGGAGCUGGGCGGCAAGGCGCCUGUCGUACUCCUACCCGAUGCGGAUAUCGAGGUCGCCGCUUCACAUAUCAUCUUCGGCGCGUUCAUGAACGCGGGCCAGAUCUGCAUGUCGAGCGAGCGGGUCAUCGUCCCUGCGUCGCGGUACGAUGAGCUUGUCGCCGCCAUCCAGAAGGCGUGGGAGGGUGCUCGUGGGCCUGCCCGGGCUCUGUUCUCGACCGCAUCGGCGGCGCGAGUUCGUGAGCUCAUCCAGGACGCAAAGGGCAAAGGAGCGUCUGACAUCCUCGCCGCGGCGGAAAGCGAAGGAGAGGGGGAGGGAGAGGGUGCUCACGUGCAACCCCUCAUCCUGGGGCCUGUGCAUGACGAAAUGCGCCUGCACACCGAGGAGAGUUUUGGUCCGCUCUGCGUCCUGAUCCCUAUGCCAGACCAGGGCGGGGAGGAGGCGCUGAUCGACGAAAUGGUCAAGCUCGCCAACGAUACCGAGUACGGCCUCUCAGCCUCUGUGUGGGGUGAGGACCUGGAGCGCGCCGAGGCCGUUGCGCGCCGCAUCGACGCUGGCGCGGUGCAUAUCAACUCGCCCACGCCUGCCGACUCGCCGGUGGUGCCGCAUGGCGGGUGGAAGAAUUCGGGGUGGGGACGGUUCAAUGGAGUUGAGGGGAUCAGAGGGUUUACGCAGAUGCGCAGUAUCGAGGUGCCGGGGAAGAAGGCAGAGGGGAUGCCGCUGCAUGUGUUUGAGCUGUGA